UUUACCUGCAACAAUUUGUUGCAUUUCAGUGUGUUUAUGUUCUUCAUUUUUCAUUUUUCAUUUGCACUAUAGCACUGCAACUGUUCAUGAAGUGAUGUAUAAGAGAAGUCGGCUGUAAUAUUUUAACUCUGAAAAGCACACUUAAAUCAGACUCUGGACCCUCAUUUGGGAAAAUGAGGUCUGACUGAGAACAAAGAUGCAAAGCACAGUUUCAGCCUCUAACUAAAAAGUAUUUCCCUCCUAGAUUCCAAGAACCUCCGCAAUUAUUUCCAACUUCACACUCAUUUAAGUGAAAAUGCCAGCAGGUGUGGCACCUAUAGGGCUAUUCUGAAAGCGCAGGGCUAGACGCUCGUGCACGCGCGCGCACACUCACAUAUGACUCAUCUCAUCUAAACUCAAGCACUUUGUCAGAGGCGUCCAUUCACGUUACACCCAUGCAGGAACGCGCAGACUCAAUCUCAGCUUGGAGCGCGACACUUAUAGUGAGGUUGGCUAUAUAAGUCCAUUCAGCAUCUACUCUUAAAGUAACUAUAUACUUGUUUCCUCAAAGAAGUGAAGGAGGGCGGCAUAACGCCAACUGAUACCUGGCAACCUACACGGCUGUGCUGGACCUCCUGUAGAGACUGAGAUUCCUAUUGAUAUCCUGACAUGAAGCUCAAUUUACUUGGAACCACCGUGAUUCUGCUAGUUGCCUUCUUACCCCGCUACGAAUGUCGGGCUAUUGAAAGCCCUGGCGGAGCCCUGCGCGCCCCUGCUCCCCAAACCCAAAACUCCCAGCAGCAGCAGCAGUCUGGUCCCAUCCUGGAGCGUCUCGGAGAGGAGUAUUUCAUCCGACUGGGCAACGGGGACUCUAACUCUUUCCCAUCUUCGUCCAUGUAUCCCGGUGGAUCACCUUCCCUCUACAACAGAGCGCUGCAACUCCAGCAGCUGACGCGACGUCUUUUACAAGGGAAAGUUGGGAACAUCAGAGCGCUCAUAAGCGGCUUCGGAGACCACGGGGACGAGUCGAUGGAGAGGGGAAGGAGGUCCGAGGACCCGCCGAUAUCCCUGGAUCUGACCUUCCACCUGCUCCGGGAGAUGAUGGAGAUGUCCAAGGCGGAACAGCUGGCCCAGCAGGCGCAAAACAACAGAAGAAUGAUGGAGCUCUUCGGGAAAUGAAUUUCCACUCCGCCAAAGAUUUCACUUGAUUUUCUGUUCUUCACCUUCUUUUUUCUUUAUUUCAUUUGUACCAUCAGCACAAACAUGCUCUGUACAGUAUAGUGCUGCUUUAUCACUCUAUUAUUUAUAGCUUUAACCUCAAACGAUGGAGCAUAAACGGGCUUGACUUGUAAUGAUCCGAUUGUACCUUGGCAUUUAAAUGUUGGUGUCAAAUCUGUGAAUUGCACCGUUCUUCAAGUUUGAGAUGAAACACCUUUGGAUAAGACAUAAAGCAUUGCAAUGACAAAACUGGCAUUUUGUUUUAGAUUAUGAAUCACUGUAUUUAUGAUAUUUAUGUUUGUUAAUAAACUUAUGUGCAACCAGUCAUUUUCUGUUGUGCAAGAGAACGGCUUAUAUCUAUAUUUUUUAAUAAAAAACUAAAGCAACGCU